AUGGGGAUCCUGGAAAAGAUUCAAGAAAUCGAGAAAGAAAUUUCUCGAACACAGAAAAACAAAGCAACUGAAUAUCAUCUUGGUUUGUUAAAAGCUAAGCUUGCCAAGUACAGACAACAGUUGCUAGAGCCAUCAUCAAAAUCAUCUGUGAAGGGUGAAGGGUUUGAUGUUAUGAAAUCUGGAGAUGCACGCAUUGCCCUGAUUGGUUUCCCCUCAGUUGGAAAGUCCACCAUUUUGAACAUCUUGACAAAAACUCAUAGUGAAUCUGCUUCCUAUGAAUUCACAACACUGACAUGUAUUCCUGGUGUAAUUCAGUAUAAUGGAGCCAACAUUCAACUUCUUGAUUUACCUGGAAUCAUUGAAGGAGCCGCUCAAGGCAAAGGUCGAGGUCGCCAGGUUAUUGCUGUUGCUCGGACUGCAGAUCUUGUUGUGAUAAUGUUGGAUGCAACAAAAGGUGAUAUUCAAAGGCAGUUGUUAGAAAAUGAAUUAGAAACAGUGGGCAUCCGAUUAAAUCGACGUAAACCUAAUAUAUAUUUCAAACAAAAGAAAGGUGGUGGUAUAUCUUUUAAUUCCACUGUGCCUCUUACAAAAACAAAUGAGAAAAUGGUUCAAUUAAUCCUUCAUGAAUACAAAAUAUUUAAUUGUGAAGUUCUAUUUAGAGAUGAUUGUACUGCUGAUGAAUUAAUAGACGUGAUUUUAGGGAACCGAAUAUAUAUGCCAUGUGUGUAUGUGUAUAACAAAAUUGAUCAGAUUUCUAUUGAAGAAGUUGAUCGACUUGCUCGAAAACCCUACACUGUUGUUGUCAGUUGUAACAUGAAAUUGAAUCUUGACUACUUCUUGGAAUCAGUCUGGGAAUAUUUAGCCUUGGUUCGUGUUUAUACAAAGAAAAGGGGAGAGGGUCCUGAUUUUGAUGGUGGUUUGAUAUUAAGAAAAGGAUGCACUGUCGAGCAUGUGUGUCAUACAAUCCAUCGUAGUUUAGUCAGUGCUUUUAAAUAUGCCUUAGUUUGGGGUACCAGUGUGAAGUAUAGUCCACAAAGAGUAGGAAUCCAGCAUCAAAUGCACCACGAUGAUGUCAUCCAAAUUGUGAAAAAAUAA